AUGGCCUCCCGUUUCGCAUCACGGCCUGUCCUCAGGCAACUGGCCUAUGCUUCCAUAUUCGCAGCCACAGGAACCAUCGCGGUCUACACGAUCACAUCCUACUCCAACGGCCCGGGAAGGUCCAGAAUCCAAAACGGAUCGCUCUUGCCAAGGGACAUACCUUCAAGAUUCCCUCGAGUAAAGUCGAGGGAUAAACAGAUAUCCGACCUCAGACGCAGUACAAAUGACAACCUCCAAAAGAGUACACGAAGAGUUUCAAAUGCGCACCAUGAAGGAACAGGGGAGAAGGAAGAUGAGAGCGUAUACGACCUUCUCGUAAUUGGUGCAGGAGCUACAGGGGCAGGCAUUGCCCUGGAUGCCGCAACACGCGGGUUGAAAGUAGCCCUCGUCGAGAGAGAUGACUUCAGCAGCGGCACCAGCAGCAAAAGCACAAAACUCGUCCAUGGAGGAGUUCGAUAUCUCGAAAAGGCCAUUUUGAACCUGGACUACAACCAAUACAAGUUGGUGAAGGAGGCGCUGCACGAACGAAAAUACUUCCUCGAUAUCGCCCCGCAUCUCUCGACGUGGUUGCCCACUCUGCUACCCAUUCGCGCAUGGUGGCAGGCCCCAUAUCUUUGGGCGGGAACGAAGAUGUACGACCUGCUUGCCGGCCACCAGGGUUCGCCAGAAGGGUCGUAUUUUAUGACGAAGAAUAGAGCCAUUGGCGCGUUUCCAACGCUCAAUCCCGAUGGGAUUGUUGGGGCGCUAUGCUACUAUGAUGGCCAACAUAAUGAUUCGAGAAUGAACGUUUCGCUCGCUAUGACCGCCGCGCUGUAUGGUGCUACCGUGGUUAAUCAUAUGGAAGUCACUGGCCUGGAGAAGGAUGCCAGUGGGAAACUGUGCGGGGCGCGGGUUCGAGAUACCCUUUGCGAAAGUAAAGGUAAUAAUCAGGAAUUUACCGUACGUGCGAAGGGCAUAAUCAAUGCAACUGGGCCAUUUUCAGAUGCCAUUCAGAAGAUGGAUGAACCAACGAAAAGGAACAUAGUGGCACCUAGUAGUGGUGUCCAUAUAGUUCUCCCUGGAUGGCUUGGGCCUCAGAAAUUCGGCCUCGUCGACCCUUCGUCGGAUGGGCGGGUGAUUUUCCUCUUACCGUGGGAAGGAAAUCUGAUUGCCGGAACGACGGAUAAACCCUGCGAAGUAGAGAAAUCGCCCAUCCCCAGGAGUAAGGAUAUCGACUGGAUAUUGAAUGAGGUUCGGAAACAGCUAGCUCCGGAGAUCGAUCUGCGCCGUUCUGACGUAUUGUCUGCGUGGUGCGGUAUACGGCCGCUGGUCCUGGAUCCGAACUCAAAGAAUACGGAAUCUCUUGUACGCAGUCACUUAGUCACAGUCUCAAAAUCUGGCCUGCUCACCUGCGCUGGUGGCAAAUGGACCACCUAUCGUGAAAUGGCUGAGGAUGCGGUCAACAAGGCCAUCGUGGAAUUCCAACUGAAACCACAAGGACACCGUCUCCACCCUGAUAUCAGCGGCACUGGCGCUGACAGGACUACGCCCCUCCUGGAUGGCUCUUGCCAAACGCACACAGUGCCGGUCAUUGGCGCGCACGGAUAUCACAAAACCUUAUACAUCGAUCUCAUCAAGACAUUCAACUUUGACGCAGAAGUCGCACUGCACCUGGCACAUUCAUACGGCGACCGCGCCUGGGAAGUCGCCUCGAUAUCCUCAUCCGCAUCUUCUGCUUCCUCCUCCACCCCAGGAACUCCCACUCUUUCACCCGCCUCUCACGAACGCCUCUCGCCAUCCUAUCCAUAUCUCAAAGCUGAAGUCAAAAUGCCGCUGUCAAAAAAUGACCGCGCAAGACGGGAGAGCGAGUGGACCGAAACGGUCCACUUUCUGGCAACGAUGGGGCUACCUGUGGAUAUGAUGAGUGUCACGCGGGAACAGGUUGUGGCUGGCAAAGUAUCUGCGACGAUUGGUGGUGGUGGGAAUUCUGUGGUGGGCGGCGCGCGGGCGAAGGAACUGCAAAAAUCAUCCCCUCCAACUAAUGGCUCGAUCAAGAUUAGUAUGAGCCAAGAGGGGAAGCAAGAACGAACGAACGGAAAAGAAACAGACAAGUGGUAG